ACGUGACGCGGGGCGGGCGAGCGGCGGCGACAAGAUGGCGGCGGCGGCGGGCAGCGGGUGGGCCGCGGCGUGCGAGAAGUUCCGCAGCGCUAGGACGCUGUCGGCCGUGGAGUCGCGCAAGGACCCGGAGACGGAACCCUACCGAUCCAAGUACAGCGCCCGCGCGUUGCUGCAGGAGGUGAAGCAGCAGCUGAGCGCCGCCGAGGAUUGCUGCGAGGCGCGGCUGCUGGCCGUGCGGCGGGCCGUGCUGGAGUACGAGCUGGGCGUCAACCACACCGACACGGAGGAGCUGUCGGCCGGCGAGGAGCACCUGCAGCGCUGCACGCAGCUGCUCGAGCCGCACCGCCUGUCCCGGGACUGCGUCUCGCUCUACAUCCAGGCCCAGAACAAUCUAGGUAUCCUGUGGUCCGAAAGGGGUGAAAUUAAAACCGCACAGACUUACUUGGAAUCUGCAGAAGCCUUGUAUAAUCAGUACAUGAAAGAGGAUGGAAAUCCUCCUCUGGAUCCCAGUGAACACUUCAUGGCAGAAGAAGAAAAGCUCACAGACCAAGAAAGAUCAAAAAGGUUUGAAAAAGCCUAUACACAUACAUUGUAUUAUCUGGCACAAGUCUACCAGCACCUGGAGAUGAUUGAGAAGGCUGCUCAGUAUUGCCAUACUACUCUUAAACGGCAGCUUGAGUACUGCGGCUACUACCCGGUAGAAUGGGCACUUAAUGCUGCUACCUUGUCACAGUACUAUCUCUCUAAGCAAUGCUUCAUGGAGUCACGGCAUUGUUUAGCAGCAGCCAGUGUCAUCUUCAGCCAGGCUGGACAGGUGCCAUCUACUGAAGACAAUGAAACAGAGCAAGACCAGCAGGACCUUAGACAGAGAAAAGCUGAAAUUGCAAGGUGCUGGAUUAAGUAUUGCUUGAAUCUUCUGCAGAGUGCUCGGAAAUUACUUGAGGAUAACAUAGGAGAGCUGGAUCCAGACAGGCAAUUGGAACUUAAAGCCCAAAGGAAGAAAGAGGAAGAUGAAAAAGAGAAUGGCAUGAAAAAGGCUGUGCUUUUUGGGACGAGUGAUAUAUGUGACUCUGUGUUAGCCAUGGAAGAGAAAGUAAGCAGUGUAUAUCCUUUAGAUUUUCAGGAAGCCAGAGAAAUCUUCCUAGUGGGUCAGAACUAUGUUCAGGAGGCAAAGGAGUUUUUUCAGGUUGAUGGUUAUGUUACUGACCAUAUUGAAAUUGUUCAGGAUCACAGUGCUUUGUUUAAGGUGCUUGCUUUCUUUGAAGAAGACUAUGAGAGACGUUGCAAAAUGCACAAGCGUAGAAUAGACAUGUUGGAGCCUAUAUAUGCAGACUUGAACCCACAGUAUUACCUGUUGAUUAGUAGGCAGCUUCAGUUUGAACUAGCAGAUACCUAUUACGAGAUGAUGGAUUUGAAGGUAGCUAUUGGUAACAGGUUGGAAGAACUAGACUCGCACACAAUAAAAAAAAUUAACUCUCUGGCUCAGUUAGCCAUCAAAUAUUAUGAACUCUUCUUAGAUUCUUUGAGGAACCCAGAUAAGGUGUUUCCUGAGGAGCUCGAGGAAGAUGUUCUUCGCCCUGCAAUGGUGGCUAAAUUUCAUAUUGCACGACUGUAUGGUAAACUUAUUACUUCAGAUAGCAAAAAGCAGCUGGAAAAUAUGCAGACGUCGUUAGAGUAUUACAUGUUUCUGGUAGACUAUUGUGAGAAGCACCCAGAUGCUGUCCGUGCUGUUGAAACUGAGCUAGAACUCAGUAAGGAGAUGGUGGGUCUUCUUCCAACAAGAAUAGAGAGGCUAAGAGCAAAACUGUGUCCAUACAUAUAAAUGUUUGCCUUGAAGGAAAUGUGUGCUAUUAAAAUGAUACCUGUCAAAAUCAGCUUCUGGGCUGAUUAAUAGAACUUAAGUGGCUACAGUUUGGCCAUCCAGCUAGAACCUGCAGUAAUACAACCUUCUGGGAAAAAAAGAGCUCUCCGACUUAGUAGCUCACCACACUAAUGCUGUAAACCUUAAAUGUUAAGUGAACGUCCAGCUGAUGCUUUGUAUUGCUUGUAUGUACAUAAAUAUAAACCUUUUCUCCUUUUUGUUUUUUCCUUUCACUUGGGAUCUAAGUGUAGUGCUGUACAAAAAUGGUUUCUUCUGAGACUCUAUUGCUCUGGGAAAAUUUUUCUAAGAAACUUAAGGCAUGUUCUUCCACCUAGAAAAUGAGAAAAUAUUUUCUCUCUUCCGACCUUUGUCCCCAGAAAACCCUAUGCACAUGAAGGGAAUUUUAUUUUCUAUAUUUAUUUUGUGAUGCUUGAUGUUUGUUUUUUCUUUCCCUGUUAAUUUAGAUGUAACUGAUAGAGGUUCAAUAAAUGAGUAGCUCGGCUAAAUA